AGACUGUCCAGUAUCUUUUUUUCGGCAAGUCAUUUUAGACGACGAAAAGAAAUCGAAAAGGCGCGAAGAUGAGUCUCUCAGCCAAAGACAAGGCAGCGGUGAAGGGCUUGUGGGGCAAAAUCUCCGGCAAAUCUGAUGAAAUCGGCAAUGAAGCCCUCAGCAGGAUGCUGGUCGUCUACCCCCAGACCAAGACCUACUUUGCCCAUUGGGCAGAUCUGAGCCCUGGCUCCGCCCCGGUCAGGAAGCACGGAAAGACCAUCAUGGACACUGUGGGAGAUGCCAUUGGCAGCAUUGAUGAUCUGGUCGGAGGCCUUGCCGCCCUCAGCGAACUGCAUGCCUUCAAGCUGCGGAUCGACCCUGCCAACUUCAAGAUCCUGGCUCACUGCCUCAUCGUCGUCAUCGGCGCAAUGUUCCCUGCAGACUUCACCCCUGAGGUUCAGCUGUCUGUGGACAAGUUCUUCCAAAACCUGGCCCUGGCCCUGGCCGAGAAGUACCGCUAAACUGCAGGGCCUUUGCGCCAAUGCGUGUCAGCCACAACGACAUAUACCUCCGCUUGGCACACAUGUCAGCAUCAAAUAAUAAAAACUGAAAUGCACUUAA